UACACCGCAGAGCUUUUCUUCUCAGCCGCUUCAGUGCUGCGUUCGGCCGAGCCAGAGACGGGAAGAGGGUUACUUGGACCUGGAGCCAUGGCUAGCAAGAAACUUAGACGAGUGGGUUUAUCACAAGACCUAUGUGAUCGUCUGAGCAGACAGCAGAUUGUCACCUGCCAGGACUUUUUAUGUCUUUCUCCACUGGAGCUUAUGAAGAUGACUGGCCUUAGUGAACCACGUGUCCAUGAACUUCUGUGUCUGGUCAGCAGGGCCUGUGCACCACAGAUGCAAACAGCUCAUGGGAUGAAGACGCAAAGGUCAGCUGAUGUCUCCACCGCCUUCUUAGCUACCACCCUCUCUGCUCUGGACGAAGCCCUGCACGGGGGUGUGGCUUGUGGGUCCCUCACAGAGUGCGCCAUCAAUCUCACGUCCGUCCGGGGGCUGAGGCUCUCCCCUGACAGGAGGGGCAAGUAUUAUUUCAAACUUAGAAGUGGGGAAACUGAAAUCAGAAAUCAUGUGAAUUGCCCAAGUUCACAUGGACAAUUGGUUGAGAUCGCAGAGUCCCGUUUUCCCAGCUAUUUUAACAGUGAAGAAAAAUUACUUUUGACGAGCAGUAAAGUUCAUCUUUAUCGGGAACUCACCUGUGAAGAAGUGCUACAAAGGCUUGAGUCUUUGGAAGAAGAAAUUAUUGCAAAGGGCGUUAAACUUGUGAUUAUUGACUCUGUUGCUUCUGUGGUCAGAAAGGAGUUUGACACCCAACUUCAAGGCAAUCUACAAGAAAGAAACAAGUUCUUGGCGAGAGAAGCUGCCUUACUGAAGUAUUUGGCCGAGGAAUUUUCAAUUCCAGUUAUCUUGACGAAUCAAAUUACAACCCAUCUGAGCAGAGCCCUCCCUUCGCAGGCCGACCUGGUGUCUCCAGCUGAUGAUGUGUCCCUGUCUGAAGGCGCUUCUGGAUCCAGCUGUGUGACAGCUGCACUGGGAAACACAUGGAGUCACAGUGUCAACACCAGGCUGAUUCUCCAGUACCUUGAUUCGGAGAGGAGACAGGUUCUCAUUGCCAAGUCCCCUCUGGCUCCUUUCAUCUCAUUUGUCUACACCAUCGAGGAGGAAGGCCUGGUUCUCCAAGAAUCGGAGGUUGAAGUCUAUUGCUAUUGGCUGUCCCUGGGGUCUGAGAACCCAUCUGGGGUUUGUCCAGCCUCUCACUUUGACCCUGUCAUCCGGACUCUGCAGUCAUUGCUGAGCUCACAGCUUGGACUCGAUGCAGAGACGGAGCAGAAACCAGACUGGCUUCCGCCCAGUUCUCUAGGGCCCACCGGGGUUAAUCAGCAGCCACCCAUCUUCGUGGCAAUAACAUAA